GUUGGCUACUUGUUGAAUUGUACUGAUGUCGUUGUUGCUUAUGACUCCCGCUAAUCCCUCAUGGUUUUAUGGCAUUUCCUCCUGUGAUAUCCUUCGUUUCAACUCUUUACAUAACAGUGCAGGCGCAAGACUCGGAGCAGCCACAGCACUCGCAGGACUCUCCGCAGCCUAAGGGCUUAGGCUUGACAAUGGUAGAGAUGGAAGAGGCGGUGCUGGCAGGCAUUGUGGUGGAGAUGACGGUUUGCUCGAGAUAUAAUGCGAAAGGUUUUGAUGGUGGAGAGUGAUGCGGAGUGUUAGGUGUCGUGAUCCAAGCUUGUCAGAAGAGGUUGGUGUGAACGACGAUUACACCCUGUAGCAACAAGCAGGAGAGCUUUAUACCCAAGGUUCAGGGAGCUGGUUAUCGGCACCUGCACA